GUGUGUGUGUGUGUGUGUGUGUGUCUGACUGUAGCAACCAGCAAACACCGCGUGCAGGAGGGCGAGCUGCUUCAUCCUGAUCAACAUGGAGAAAAACGUCCUGCUGACACCUGAUCCACAUUAUAUCCCAGGGUAUGCAGGGUAUUGCCCACAGCUCAAGUACAGAGUGGGGAGAUCCUAUGGCCAGCUCACAGCUGAGCUGCUGACCAGUCCCCAGGGGAAACACUCUGAUCAGCUGGUCCUGGGCAGGGGUCAUGUCCCUUCCACAGGCACACUGAGAAGCACCUCUGACAGUAACUUGAAUAGGAUGAUACCAGGAUACACAGGCUUCAUUCCAAAAAGCCAGAACUACUUUGCCUGCACCUACUCAGAAACAUGCCGUAAGGCGCUGUCAGAGUUUCACCAGGAUGGGCGUGCCAAGAUCCAACGGGAAUCGACAGAGCUGCCAGCUGUUGUCAACUACACCAACACACAGGUUGAAAAACCAAGACCCCACUUGAGAGAAAUCUCCAACAAAGAAAUCCCCUACAGGCCCUUAAAGUCCUUCACCCCCCCAGGAAAACCAUACUUCAUGGAUGAUGAUAACCCACACAAGUACUUUAAAACAGGUUUUACAGGGCAUGUGCCAACAUCUCGCUUCCUAAUUGGCAAAGGCUUCCCCGUCACUACAAACCAGGUACUGGUCCAGUUCGGGAAACAGCAGCAGACUGAUCCCACGUCCCUAAGCAUCCCGGGAAGGAGGGAAAGUACAAUAACUCCCAUUGCUACCAUCUAUCCAUCAGACAGGGGUGUGGUGCCAUCCUUCACAGGACACAUCCCAGGGUACCAGUUCACGUAUGGACAAACCUUUGGCCAACUUUCCAAGAAUGCACUGGAAAAGAGCGGCAUCAAGAGGAACCGUCAGGCAAAAUCAUAAAACUAUCCACUUCAAUACAAGGAACAUUACUGGCAAGAUGAAGUUGUGACAUGAGUCAAGUUUAAGAAAUAUUUAGGAAAUCCUCAUGA